UUCGUGGGAACGUCACACUGAGUUGAAUGGAACUUCGUUGCAUAGCGACCAAGCAAACACUGUUUCUGUGGACAGCAAUGCCGCGGGGAUUUGGCUGUAAAGCAGAGCGCGGGAGGCUGACUCUAGCAGCUGUAGCACUACAGGACCAUAUCACACGAAGCGUUCUUGUUCGAAACAUUCCCCGUAACCUCCCCGUAUCAGACGCUUCCUGUGGGGCUGCACAUGUUAGUAGGAAGCACAGAAAUCACAACUCAAGGCAGAGCGUCAUAUGUCCUGAGCAGACACAAGGACAAGAGGAGAGAGAGUAUGUGCUGGAUCGUGGCCCUCCACCUCUGACUCUUGCCCAGAGGAUGGGUCUGGUGGCAGCUCCUUCAAGAAGACUAACAGCAGAGGAGUGGGCAGAGGUCAAAACCAGGUCCAUCCAGGAGGGAGACUCAACCCAGCCCUGUGUGAUAUGCAGGGAGGAGUUUCGUCUGCAACCACAGGUUCUACUCUCCUGUUCUCAUGUAUUUCACAAAGUGUGUCUGAAGUCUUUUGAGAAGUUCUCAGGCAGGAAGAGCUGCCCGAUGUGCAGGACGGAGCAGUAUGAGACCAGGGUGAUUUACGAUGGUGCUCGUCUCUAUCGGGAAAAGUGUGCUGUCAGAAUACAGGCUUUCUGGCGUGGCUACCUUGUUCGCAAAUGGUACAGCAACAUAAAGAAGUAUGUGCCACCGAAAGACCAACAAUUAAGACGAGUAUUCUUUGAAAAAAAGUUUCAGGAGAUGAACGACAGCUUGGUGCAGUCAUGCAGCACAGACGUGGAAGCCUUCCUGAGUGAUAUCGAUCGCUCCGUGGCCUCGAGCCACGACAUCCUUCGCCGUUUCGACAAGUACACGAGUGUUUCUGAAAUGGAGGAGAAGGACUGGCUGGAAGCUCAAGAGAAGGCUGUCCAGCGUGGCAUUCAGGACUGCCCCAUUUGCCUGAACCGCUUGGGCUCACACAAUGGCUCAUCGAAGGAAGACAGGAAUGUCCUGUUAUUGUCCUGUUCCCAUCUCUUCCAUGAACCCUGUCUGCAAGCCUUUGAGCUUUUCUGCCACGAGGUGAAACCCACAUGCCCUCUCUGCCGGUCACACUAUGCUAAAAUGCUUGUUUCAAAUUAGAGAUCAGUAUAUUUAUUAGUUUGUCUUGAUGUUCUAGUUUAUAUAAUGAGACAAAUCAAACUUAUCCCACAUCGCCAUUCUACAUCAAACAGUACGAUAAAAACUGUCAAAAGUCACAAACUUUAUUGUAAACUGAAGUAAAAUACAAGUAAACUAAAGACUAUCUGAACAUUUUGUUUCACAAACCUAUGCAAUUCAACUCUACAAAUACGAGAGAGAAAACAUUCUGAAAAUACAUUCACACACGUAAAAGAAGCAACAGGCAAAAAUGGAAACAGAAUUAAGCUUUCCCUUGGGAUCUGAAGAUGAGAAUUCAAAUGAGACCGACAGACAUUUAGCCAAUGAUGAACAAACAAGCUGUUUUGAUGUGUAGACAGGACACUUUCUAGUGAAACGCUGUCAACAGUUCAACAGACUAAUAAACUGAAAUACCACAGCAUCUUUGAUGUACUACAUUUUUUGUAACUCUUGUACCAAUGUUGUACAGACAAGCACAUUAUAGAAUAUGGAAUGAAUUGGCUUCUUGUUCUUUCACAGUUAUUUCUAGUAUCACUGUAGUAUGCCACUAUUUUGAGAAACCCAACACACUAACUGACACACCAGUCCUUGUCCUGCAUAAAGCAACAGCAACAUUCCUCAAACACCAAUUAAAUUAAAGCCAAAGAGUAGAAUUUAGUGUUAUAUACUGUAGUUAAUAAAGAAUUUAUUAUAUAGUUAAUAAUAAUAUAAGAUGCUCUGGCAUUACAAAAUUUGUGCAGACAAAAGUGACCUUAAAGUUUAAUACACAUACGCACAAAAAACAUAAAGCUUACUUCAAUGACACAAUUAUUGACAUUAUACACUUAUUCCCCAUAUAUUUUCUUACAAAAUGUUCUUUGUGCAAAUCAACAGGAAGAAAAUAUAUUUUACAUGUAACUUUUUUUAAAUCCAUGACAAUAAAAACCACAAAACAAUGCAGCAAACUGAACCACAGAACCCACUGAGGUGUCAGUUUUUAAAUGACCUUUUCACAGGCUUUAAAUUCAGUGUCCCUCAUGUGAAUCCUAGACCUCUGCAGACACCAAAUUCAAUCAGUUUCUUAAAAUUAUUUCUGCCCCAACUUUAAUAUUCAAUAUCAGUGCCCUGAUAGUUUCUUUUGACUUUGGCCAGUUCGAGUUAAAAGAUACACCCUGUCGUUUUGGUAUGCCAUGUUAUUGACAAUCACAAGAGGGAUUCACAGUGAAUUAGUCAAUAAAAAGGUACACAAACUAACUCAUUUUCACGUCUCACACAUGCAUAACUUGUCUCCUCAAUACUGGACAACAGGAGACAAAAACGAAAAAGCCUAGAAAGCCUGUUUAAGGCAUCAGAGGUGAUUAAAAAAAUUAUUAUUUUUUUGUUCAAUAAACAAAUGCUGAAUGACUAAUUGUCUGGCCUUUUCCACAAAUAGCAUAGUAUGAAUGAGGCUCAAAAGCCGUUUCAUAUCUACAUUCUACAAAAAUAAAACGAAGAAAUAUACUGUAUAUACAUGUAAAUACAUCAUUUACAUUAUUAUGAGGCUUGCCAUAGUUAAAGAGACGAAAACUGAAGACUGCGCACAGGAUGUCUGUUCAGCUUUACAUAAAACCUUAAGAGGAAUGUCAGGAAUGGUUCUUUUAGCCUAUUGGUUUUGUCAUCAGAAUGGGAAUGUUUGGAAACCAUACUGAAAAUACUGUACAUUAACUGUGUAAUCAGUAACAUUUAGACAAAAAAAACACUGUAUUUCAUAGCUACAAAGGAGACCCUUCAAUGAGUCGUGCUGCGCUCUACAUACGUAAUGACAUCUGACUCCGCUCGGACUUCACAUUCAUUUCACUGCACAAUAAGCUUUAAUAGAUGUGAAUCAGACUGAUGUGGCUCUGCAGUCCUGUUUUCACAGCCUUUAUAUACAAGAUCCUACAUAAUGUACGAGUUUAGCCUCUGAUCUGUGUAGACCAGUAUUUUGUUAGACUGAACAGACUGAGCUGGCUUAAAAUCCAGCAUGAGAGUGAGUGGAAAAACACACAAAUAUCUUCAUGAAUAAUCUGCCAUUUGCAAAAAGCAAAGCAGCUGCAGAGGUACAGACUAGAUGUUUGAAGGCUGUUUUGCUAGUGAAUGUUGAAAUAAGGCAAAUAUAUAGAUCCUUACAAGCUCUGCAGCAAUAACCAAGUUCAAUGGAUGUAUGUUAUUGGUUAUAUGCUCUCAGUUUGCGUAGUACAUGUAGCAUAGUAUAGUAUCAAAUGUUGUGAAGGAAGUAGCAGCAGAUUUAAGUACAGGAACAGGAAGCAUAUCCCAAGAUUGUGCCUCACCUUCUCCCAUAUAUUUGGUGCAUUUUACUACCAGCAGCAUUUCUCUGCUGUCUUUUCAAUUUUGUCACCUCCCUUAUUCAAGACUACAAUACACUACACUCCAUUAAACGUGUUAAAUCAUUGAGGUGAUUUUGCCAAGAGUGACUGGCAGGUCGCAACACUCCAAAACACAAUCUGCCACAACCAGUUCAAGUAAACACAAUAACAUAAGAAGCUGGUUGUUGGUAGUGACUCGAACCCAUAAUGUCCACAUCGGAACCUUGCCUACCAAUGAAAACAACAAGAACAGUUGCAGUGCAAGAAGAAAUUUGGCAGGUAGGCUCCUCCACUCUCUGUAAUAUUUCAAUACUACCCAGUAUAUGCCAAUAUUGUGAGUAAGGCACAUGUUUCGGGGAGUUUCCUUGUCAAUUCCCAUUACUUAAUUCUGUCACAUCCAACAAACCUGAAUUGUCACAGUAAAGCAUGAGGAAACUAAAAUCAUAACGCUUCCUCAUUUAUAAUUGAUCAACGUAUAAAUAAUAAUUGAUCUUCAUUUUAACGGAGUGAAUGUAAACAUAUGCAAUGGCAGACAAAGAAUAACAAGUUUUCAGAUUACAAAACUUACUUUACACAUCAAAAUUCAAGCAAUAAAUUUGACAGCUGUAGACCAAUGCUGACAAUUAGUAUUUGUCAUUGUGACUGGCCAUCAUGUUUUGCUUGUAGAUUUUUUUUUGAACUGAUUUUGUAAUGUGCCCCAUUUGCAUAAGAACUAGUUAAUUUGGCAUUAAAGCAUCUAUAACUUAAAUUGAGAUGAUCAAUGUUCAGUUAGACUCACUGCAACGAUUUCUUUGCCAGUGUUAAAUUUGACAACUCUGCAAUUCUUCAGAGAAUGUAGUUUCUAAUAUUAGUACUAAUAUCAUGUGUAAUAAAGGUGCCUCUCUUGUCAUUAUCAAAAAUGUUUAUAUGUCAUUUGUGUGCUGUUUUUAUGGGAACUAAAUCGGUUUCUUUUAACAACGUCCAUUUAACUUUACAAAAUACUGAUCUACAAGGGCACAAAAUGUCAUCAAACAAUAAUUAAGGAGGAAAAUUAUAAGCCCUAAUUGAGACUAGUGCAUGCUUCAUUACACAUGAAAUUAUCAGCUUGGCAAACAGCUUAAUAUUUCCCCCAAUCAAACUAGAGAAAAAUUAUAGAUAAUAAAAAAUAAAAAAAUCCCUCAUUGAG